CCAACACAUCACCUUCUCCUCUCACCCCCCGCAAACUCUCACCUCACUGAGACAACAUGGCAGACGAAGGCAUCGAUCGGAAGAUGGAGGAGCGGAUGGAGUUCUCCACCUCCAAGGAGGUCACGGUGGCCCCGACGUUUGAAAACAUGCAUCUCAAAGAGAACCUUCUGCGCGGUAUCUAUGCGUAUGGCUACGAAUCGCCUUCUGCCGUUCAGUCUCGCGCCAUCGUGCAGAUCUGCAAAGGCAAGGACACUAUCGCACAGGCGCAAUCCGGCACAGGAAAGACGGCAACGUUCAGCAUCAGCAUCCUUCAGAUCAUCGACACGGCCGUGCGAGAGACUCAAGCUCUUGUCUUGAGCCCGACUCGCGAGCUCGCCACGCAGAUUCAGUCGGUUUUGCUGGCCCUCGGUGAUUACAUGAACGUGCAGUGCCACGCAUGCAUAGGCGGCACCAACGUGGGCGAGGACAUCCGCAAACUCGAAUACGGCCAGCAUGUCGUCUCUGGUACCCCGGGCCGCGUUGCCGACAUGAUUCGUCGCCGCAACCUACGCACGCGCAAUAUCAAGAUGCUGGUUCUCGAUGAAGCCGAUGAACUUCUCAAUCGCGGCUUUCGCGAACAGAUCUACGAUGUCUACCGCUACCUUCCUCCAGCCACGCAAGUGGUUGUUGUGAGUGCCACUCUUCCAUACGACGUUUUGGACAUGACCACCAAAUUCAUGACCGACCCCGUGCGCAUCCUCGUUAAGCGCGACGAGCUCACACUCGAGGGACUGAAGCAAUACUUCAUCGCCGUCGAAAAGGAAGACUGGAAGUUCGACACGCUAUGCGAUCUUUACGACACCCUCACCAUCACCCAAGCCGUCAUCUUCUGCAACACUCGUCGCAAAGUCGACUGGCUGACCGACAAGAUGCGUGAUGCCAACUUCACCGUCUCUUCCAUGCACGGCGAGAUGCCGCAAAAGGAACGCGACAGCAUUAUGCAGGAGUUCCGUCAGGGCAACAGCCGUGUCCUGAUUAGCACGGAUGUCUGGGCCCGUGGGAUCGAUGUGCAACAAGUCAGUUUGGUCAUCAAUUACGACUUGCCCUCUAACAGAGAGAACUACAUCCAUCGCAUUGGCCGAUCAGGCAGAUUUGGGCGCAAAGGCGUCGCCAUCAACUUCGUGACCAGCGAAGAUGUGAGAAUCCUGCGGGAUAUUGAGUUGUACUACUCCACUCAGAUCGACGAGAUGCCGAUGAACGUUGCGGACUUGCUCUCCUGAUCCGAAGGCAUGCAGGCUGAUGGAAGUAUGAGCAAAUUGGAAGGCUGCGACUCACUCGCGGCGCAUGCUUCCACAACGAGUUUCAUCAACACGAUGGCGUUCAGAGUGCAGAAUUGAUAAGGCGUCAGGCCACAAGGGAAGGAAAUGGGUCGAUACGAUCAGAAUGAAUCGGAGUUCCUC